AUGGCCUGCAAAAGUGUGACGUUUUUGCCGCUCCCCAAGUCAAUACUGACGCGCCAUUGCUGCCGCUGUACCCAAGCCGGGGCACCGCUGCGGGCUAUGCUGCCGCGGCAACUAAUAGUGCUGCUGUUGGCCGCAUGGACGGCAAGCUUUUGCGUGGCUGCAGCCGCACAGAGGGACCCCGCCGCCGUUUUCCCGCCCUGCCCCGUUGGGUGGAAGUUGUGGUUGCCGCGGUCUCAGCUGCAUGGCGGCGAUCCAUUGGAUGCCACCACGGCAUGGUGCGUGCAACCGCAGACAUCUCGAGUGGCAGCAGCUGAGGCGGCUGACGUUUGUGCCCGAAUCUUUGAUGUUUACCCGCCUGAUGGAUGGAAUGGUGCUACCAGAGGCCUUACUCCGCGGACGGUCUCUGUACACUCCGAGGAGCAAAAUGUGUGGCUGCGAGACCUGCUGAAGCCGCUUUUUGGCGAGAUGGGGGAGCUUGUGGCACUCGGUGGUGCCGCCAGGUUGGGGGAUAUCGUCUGGUGGGAUGGCGUCAACGCUGCGAACGGGGCGCCGUCGUACACCCAUUUUGCCCCCACAGUGGACUGGCAAACUCACAGCGGGUGCAUUGCCAUGCGGUCCGAUGGGUUUUGGCAUCUGGUGGACUGCAAAACCCCGCGAAGGGCCUUUGUGUGCACCUUCCCCUACUCUGCCGCCGGGGAUGGCAACGCUGGCAGCGGCAGCGGCAGCAACGAGAGUGGGAGGGGGGAUGCGACGACGACGACGUCAGAGGUUCCCGCGGGGGACAAGCCUGUCAGCUCACCGCAGCCUACCCGCCCGCCGGUGCCAAACCCGCCCCCAGGGUGUCUCACUGGGUGGUCAUCGUAUGCGGAGAAAUGUUACCGUCUCUACACGGCAUCAAUCAACGGAGAAGAAGGGGGAAUGAGUCAGCAGGCGGCGCAACAGUUUUGUGGGGCAAUCCAUCCCCGUAUUACCCUGACUGGCAUUCUGAGUGGGGGCGAGGAUGCCUUCCUCGGUCGUCUGGUGCGGGACUGGACAGCAAAUCACACGGAUGCGUGGUUGCAGCCUCGCGUUUUUGUUGGCGGCAUCUUUAUCUCACGUGGGUCCGUGGGUGUGUGGUACGAGGACUCCCUGUGGUACGAGGAGACAGAGUGUGCGCUCAGUUUCCCUUCGAGUCCGACGUGGCCCACCGCGGCAAACCACCUCUAUUCAAAAUGGGGUAAAGGGGAACCAAGCCUCCCGUUCGGGUGCGUGGCGGUAGCUGCGGACGGUACGUGGAGUGCGGUGGACUGCCGAGCAUCCUUGCCGUUUGUGUGCGCGUACCUCAACGACGGCGCCGUCACAUCAGAAGCCCUAACCACCGCCCCGGAAAGCGCCUCCGCGUCCCCGGCGGACACAGAUGCCACCAUCACCACCACCACAUCUGCACCACAACCACCGGAGGAGUUGUGCAUGGACGAAUGGGCGUAUUUUUCGCCCACGAAGCGUUGCCUUCGCGUCUUCACGGAUCAUCCUGUUGCCGCAGCUGACUUGGAGCAGCACUGUGGUCAGUUGUUCGACGACGCCGCGGCUAACACGAUUCACGCGGCGGCUAUAACGUCUGUCGAGGAAAGUGCCUUCGCUGGGCAGUUAGUGAUCAAAGCGGGGCUAGAGCGUGUGGUGGUGGGUGUUUCGUAUACAGAGCGAGGGGUGACUGGGCUGUACCUUGAUGGGAUGACGGUGUGGGAGCCGUCGCUAGCAGAGAGCCUGUGGGCUGUGGGGCAACCCAUGCGCGAUAGCGGCUGUAUCGCUGUUGGCCCCGCGGGUGCGUGGUAUUCGUUCCCCUGUGGCACACCGGCCAGGGCGUACGCAUGCGCGUAUCAGGUGGGGGCAGUUCAUCUACCGGUGACCAGCACGCCCGCGCUUAUUGCUGCGCUGACGAGCGCAAAAAUGUGGCCGCUGGAAACACGCAUUGCGUCGCUUUCAGGGGUGGUGCAUUUGGUGGUGGCUGCCGGUACUGUGGGGACCUACGCCGUGGCUGGCGCGGGUGGGAUGACGGACAGGCUGCUGCUCAUGUUUGCCCCAGAUUUAUCGGAGGUCGUUGCGAGGGUAGGGUGGAGCGAGCUUGCGAUGGUGUCGCCGUGUGGCGGAGGCUACAAAAAACAAGAGUAUAUAUUUGCCGUGAUGCAGGGUGUGGUGACGGUCACCCACCCCAGCGAGACGAUGCGGGGGCGCAUUUGUGUUUCGGACGAUGGUGUGAAUUACGUGCCGGCAGGCAACCUCACAUUUGAGGUGGUGGACGUGGCCCUGCGUGGAUUCAUUCCACUGUCGUCACCUCCUUUCACGAAGGAGGCGGAGGAAGGAAGGGGCAACCGCAGUGGCGUCGUGGGCGGCGGUAACGAGUCUUUGCUUGUCUCCCAAGUGGUGGGCGUUCGCCUCGGGUCCAGUGGCGCAUUGCAGCUCGACCUCCACCGCCGCCUUUCUGGCACAGGCGCGUGGAUUUCGCACCUUCGCUUUUCGUCUUCUCCUGACUGCACGAGCGGCCGUUACGUCCUCGCCGGGGAGAGCUGCGCCGUUGUUGAACCGGAGCCCGGGCGGUCUGUGGUAAUGUAUCAGCUCGCCGACGUUGCGCCCGUCAGAGGCGUUCACCUCGACCGGCUGCAUGACCCUGUCACCGCAGAGGAGGAAGAGGCACUGCCCACAGAAUUUUUCGUCUGCGUCGUGGCGUCCACGCAGGUCCCUCCACCGAAGCUGUCGCACAUCGGCGUAUCGGGGCGGAGUACACGGCCUCCGCACGACCAUUUCUAUCCUGCUGCUGCCGCCGCUGGGCCCGAGUCUGACUCCGAUGUGGGAUACGGGAGGGGACCGGGGGUCAACGCGUCUUCCUCGCUCUCCACGGACGGCCAGCCAAUGUGGCUCUACACCCUCGUCCCCCGCCUGCGAGUGUACGUGACUUUCCCCCACGUUUCUCUCCGCGGCAUGUGGGCGCUCCCACCCUCGGGCCUGGCGUCGAACAGCGUCUUUGAUCUCGCAUCACUUGGGCCCUCUGCGAAGAUGCUUGUGGUGCCUCAGUUUUCAUCGCCGGUUAUCGUCCUCGACGGCGAGGGCCUACGUGAGGGCAUGGCGCUGCUCCUCUCGCGGAAACUGGAGUCGUGUGCGAGGCAGCAGCCAACGUCGGAGCACAAUCCGGCCGAUGCCAGGGUGCCAGCUGCGCUGGACACAAUGCUCCCCGUUAGCACACUCUCUUUUUCACGGCAGGCCUUGGAUACCGGCGGUGUGGUGGGCCAAACUCGUGUGGCGUUUGUUCAACUCAACCUUAACCACACCGGGCUGUGGGGUGCAACACCCACCGACGCAAACCAAACAUGGCACCUUUGUUUCGCCUAUACACUUUUCUCGCGGUUUGUGCCGCUUGCUGGGUUGAAGAUCACCGUAACGCGGGCCCGCAUCGUUGCCGCGACGACGCACGAAGGUCACGAUCUGGACGUGAACGACGACGUUGACGAUAGCGCCGCUGCGUUGCCGCAGCUGAAUAUUGGCGUCGGAUUCAGCGGACUGAUACGACUGUGGGGCCUCAAUGUGCACAUGUGGUCCCCCAGUACAAUUAACGCGGCUGAGAUUGCCUUUGCGCAGUCGCCUCCAGGGAACGCGAAGAUGGCGGACCCGGCGCUUCAGUGCGCCAACACGUCGCUCUUUUAUCGUCAGCGUUCCCUUGGUAUCGUUACCCCACGCAGCAAGGUGGCGGCAUGGACGCAUAGGCAGCAAAGCUGGGCGUCUGUAGUGGUGAUUCCACCCGGGUUUUUGAAUGAAGAAACCACGCGUUGCAUGCGUCUCUGCCUCUCUGUCCCUAUGCCCUUUCAGAACGAUCACCGUGUGUUUUUUCCCACCACCGCCACCGUCGACAUCCACCCUGUUGAGGUGCUGUUCAUUGGCCCCUACGCGGCUCAUUUUCCCACAGCGGCAGCAGACACCCACCUGACGCGCGUGGAGGUGGCUGAAAACGUAAAUGACAUGGUGCUCCCACUUCUUGGCCACGGCCUGCGUGAGGACAUGCUGCUCUUCCUCUCUGAGAGGCGGUGUCACCCACCGGUGGACGAGGUGCGAACACGUGACGAUGCAGGCGACGCAUACGUCGUCGAUCACAUUAGUCGUAUGAACUUCACCAUCCUGCGUCCCUUUGAUGUGCCGUCGAACUAUCGACAGUGGAAUGCGACACGCAGUGCGGCUGCCACGACCGAUUUCUUCAUCACGCUUAAUACCACACACACCACUGCAUUGGUGGCUGAUCGUGUGUUUGGCGCGGCGCGAGAGCCGCUCUUUCUCUGUCUUUACGCGCCAGGCACGCGCCGCAUGGUGUACCCGCUCGGAUUUACGUUUGUUGUGCAGCGGCCCUACGUCAAGUCGAUUCGGUCAAUCAGCACACCAUCGCCCCCGCAGCGAGGGGGGACGCCGGUGGCUGUUGUGUACGCAUCCGUUGUCGACCUCGUUGUGGAGGGCUUCGCUCUGCACGAGGGUGAGGCGGCGUUUGUCCCCGCAGUGGACUGUGGCAAUGCGACAAGUUUUCUCUGGCGCAGCCCGGUUCGCACCUCAGGGGUGCCAUCGAUGGUCGUCAACGGCGACACCGUGGGAUGCAGCAGCAGCACGGCCACAACCACCGCCGCUGUUCGCUAUGUAAACCCUCUCACCUCCAUGUCGUCCUGGUUCCUCUCGCUCACACAGGCACACACGGCGCGCAUUGGGGCACUUGAACCGAAGGACAACGUCGUUGACAGCUUUCAAUGGUGUGUGCGCUACCGAGACGCGGAUGCCGCCACAGCAGACGCCACGGAGUGGAGGAGGGGGUUUAUGCCAACCGGCAUUCCCUACCGGCUCAUAAUUCCCCGCACCGAUGGGUUCCGCAUUGGUAGCAGCACAGUGAAACGCAUCACACGCAAGAAGCGGCACUCCACGCUUGGGCGUUGGGAGAGUCUACAGCUCGUUGGACCGUUGAUCGCUCAUACUUUUGCGCAGGGCAACCCACUCUUUAUGUUUCUCGCGGAGGACCGGGUGUCGUGCAAGAAGCCCAAGAAUCAUUUCCUCAACAUCAACAGCUCCGACCGCUUUAUCACCGCGGUGAACGGCUCUGCGAUUAUCCUGCCAGAACUGUUGGCCCACACAGGCUCCUUCAAGCUCUGCGUUAGUGCCAUUUACCCAGAGCAGCAGUCUUCCGAGGAGGGAACUGAGGCGACGCUGCAGUUCUUUGAGCUUACCGGUCUGCGCAUUGAGCUGGUGGAGGCCGUCUACGCUGUCUUCUCGUUGAACCGCACGGACCACGUCACGGUGGAGCAGGGCCAGCAUUGGACGCUGCCAAUCAGCGGAUCAGGCCUGUCCAACAUGUCGCUUGUGCGAUUCCGUCCCCUUGGCACGGACUGCAGCACGCCCAUGCCGCGUGGCUUGGAUGACGUUACUGUGCGAAAUGUGUUUGGGGGGCCUAUGGCUCUCGCCCAGAGGAAAUCCGACGGCGGGGGCGGCGAGUCGCACUACGUUGUGCUUGAGCAAAGUCUCAUUCGCGGCCUCGCGGUGCAGGAGCAUCAGCUAUGCCUUAAACCUGAUCGCUCCACGCCGUGGUUGAGCUCUGAUGUGAAGCUCAGCGUGCGCGCGCACUUGCGACGGCCCACGCACUACGCCUACUUUAGUGCCGACGGGAGCGAGGACGUUGUCGCUGUGACGGCACUGCUGCCAACGAAGCUCGCGCUGGAGUGGCUAACACAUGAGGCGGACACCACAAACAUUGUGGGUGCUGUGGCACGGGAGGUGGCGGUAGCGCUUUGGUGCCGCGGAGGCGCAGCGAGGGACGCGGCUGCGGUGGUGCCGUGUGGCAGCUGGAGACGUAUCAUGUUCGUCCGGCCGCUCGAUGACGACAGGGACCCGUGCUUCGUGGACUUUGAGGCCAACCAGUCAGCCACUGUGCUCGGUCCAUACGUGAUUGACGACAGCAUUCUCGUCAUCCCAGGUGCGGUGAGCCGUAACGUGAGUUUCUACCCGAACGCCACGCAGCCCUGGAUCAUGUGCCUGGAGACUGCGGCAGAGCGGUGGCGAGAGGCCAGUCAUCCACGUCUGCAGCUGCAGUUUACGACAGCGGUUCCGGUUUGGUUUCGUCACUUCCCUGAUGAUGCAAGCAAUACGACGGCGACGUUCUUCGGCGCGCCGCGGCGUGACACGAACCCGCCUGAGGACCGUACCGGGCUGGAGGGUAACCAGACACUGACUCUCUACAUGGAAGACGCAAGCAAAAUAUUUUACCUUAACGGCUACGGCAUUCAGCGUGGCUUUAUGCUGCGUUUCGGGGCCCACUGCGAAGACGACGUGGCGGCGACACAAGAGCUUAACAAUACCCUGCUCUACAAGCAGCCCCUCACGCUUGAGGACGACCACGGCGUGUUUCUACUUCCCUCCGCGCACUUUGCUCGUCAGGAGGCGUCGACGCCAAUGUGCCUCUCCACCAAUGGGGGCGCGUCGUAUGCCAGAACGAACCUUUUCUUGACCGUUUUCCCGUCACGUUUGCGACGCGACUUGCCCGCGGAUGAGUCACGUAUUGCUGAGCUUGUCUUUCGUCGCACGCUUGUUGUCCCGCGGAUGAGCAAAGGCGCGGUGCGUCACGCCGAGUUGCGGGCCAACGAUGAUGAUAAUACACUCAACAAUUUGAAACACCGAACGGAGCGUGGCGGUGUGUUUGGGGUGGGGACACGCGUGUUGCUUUCCUCAGCGUGUCACGAGAGUCGUGAGGGGCUGCCUGUCAUCGUGGUGACCACACCCGGCCUCCUCACCUUGGCGGAGGCUCACACCCGGGUUGCCACCAAGCGGCGGCUGCAUAUAUGCGUUGACGUGGCUAGGGACGAGGACGGCAGCGGUGGUGGUGGUGGUGCAGCGGUAGCAAAAAAAAGGAAGAAGAUGUGGGGGGACCGCCACUUCAUGCAUUCCGACCUUCGGGUUUUUUCUUUCACGUGUUGA